AUGAGUACAGCCGAGCGCGGCAAGCGCCACAAGCAGCGCAAAGUCUUGCUGAUGGGACGAUCUGGAGCGGGGAAGUCAUCGAUGAGAUCCAUCAUCUUCAGCAAUUACGUGGCUAAAGAUGUCCGACGACUGGGAGCGACGGUGGAUGUCGAGCACAGCAAUAUCAAAUUCAUGGGCAAUCUCAUGCUCAACCUGUGGGACUGCGGCGGUCAAGAUUCGUUCGUCGAAUCGUAUCUCACCAACCAGAGAUCACACGUCUUUACGUCCGUCGCUGUCCUCAUCUUUGUGUUCGACGUCUCCUCUAAAGAACCUGCGCCGGACCUGUUGAGCUUCGCCUCCACAAUCCGAGCCUUGCAGGAGUUCAGUCCCAACAGCAAGAUCUUUGUGCUUUGCCACAAGAUGGACCUGGUCCCUCCCGAUCAGAAGAACAUCGUGUACCAGCAGAAAGUCAAGGAGAUCCGCGCCGUGUGCGAAGACGAGGGCUUCGUCGGCAAGCAAGUCGAUUUCUGUUCCAGCUCGAUAUGGGACCAGAGCUUGUACCGGGCGUGGACGCAGGUCAUCUACUUCCUGGUACCCAACGCCACCGUCAUCGAGAGUAUGCUGCAGAAGUUGGCAGAGGUCUUGGAUGCGCGUGAGAUGGUCCUCUACGAGCGCACCACCUGCCUGGUCGUCACCUACAUCACUCGCGGCGACGAAUCACACAACCCGUACAAGGAUCGAUUCGAGCGGAUCAGCAGCAUCCUCAAGACUCACAAGCACUCCAUGUCAAAACACACUGGUCAGAUGCCGUCAGAGGUGUCCUUCGCGGAGAUGCAGAUCAAGACCGGCGCCUUCAUGUUCUUCAUCACGCGGCUUACGGAGAACACCAACUUGGCCGUGGUGAUGCCAAGCGACGAGGCGUCGUUCAACGCUGCGAGGGUCAAUGUUCAGCUCGCAAGGACGGAGUUCGCUCAUCUUGACAUUGUUGAGAAGAAGGGCAAAGAGGCUCACAAUUACAGCGCUCCUCGCGAUGUCGUCACGACGAGUGAUGAUGGCGAGGUGGAUUCUCAGAAGCGAAGCCGUCUAAAUGACGACUGA